UUCUGCACCAUCCAACCAUGUUUCAUUUGCUUUUCCUUCCACUACCAACCAACCCUCACACAGUACCACAAACAUGAGUCUUGCCGAAUUUGUAGAGCAACAAGUUGAAGUAAUCACGAAUGAUGGACGUUGCGUUUUAGGCUCGUUACGCGGUUUCGACCAAACGACAAAUCUUAUUCUUUCAAAUUCCAAAGAACGGCUCAUUAGUUGGGAUCAAGAAACAGAAGUAAUUCCUCUUGGACUGUAUAUUAUUCGUGGAGAAAACGUAGCAAUGGUCGGACUCGUGGACCAGCAACUGGACAAUGAAAUAGAAUGGAGCAAAGUGAGAGGCGAACCGUUACAUGAUGUUGUCCAUUGAAGUCGAAAAAAAAAAUAUAUCUCUCUCAACUUUCUUAUGAAAGCCUGCAACUAAAAACCCAAUAUCGCCCGCUGUUUGGGUAAUACUAUCCAGUCGCUCCUACUUAGUGCCCCUCUAACUCUUUGAGAUUCUUCUUUUUGUGAUUUCAGCUUGCAAUUCCUGGUUUAUUGCCUGCUACAGUUUUGUUUACGCUCAGACGCGUAUCGCGUUUUCAUUUCACUUCCCAUGACGUUAGCACCACCAGUUGACCGAUGUUGUCCGAACUUCGGCAACUGCUCGGUGAAUUCGACCGGACGUUGCAGCAAGCCACCUACUCGAAUAACGCAUACUGGUGACUUUUGCAGUUUUGAGUUAA